AUGUCGGUCACACCUGCUUCCGACACACGAUAUCUCACGCUUCUUGAGGAGAUGCCUCUGGAAGUCUCAGCAUUACUAGAUCGUGAUUCAGCCAUAUAUCUUACUGGAGAAGUCAUCAUAGUCAAGAAUUUUCGUUUUGCAGGAUAUCUCACGCUUCUUGAGGAGAUGCCUCUUGAAGUCUCAGCAUUACUAGAUCGUGAUUCAGCUAUAUAUCUUACUGGAGAAGUUAUCAUAGUCAAGGUAACGCUGAAGAAUUUGGCUCCCAAAGGACGUGAAUCCUUGGCAUGGGGCAGUGUUCAGUUGACUUGU